AUGGUGUUGUACAAGAGAAAACCGAUAAUGCUACCUGAUCCCAGGCCUUUACCGACAGAUUUGAACAUUUACGUUUGGCAUAUUGACGAGACUGGUGAAUGGUUCAUUACGUAUGAAGAAUAUUUGGAAAGAUUGGAUUUCUACACUCGUCACCAUUUCACUUGUGAGAUUACUGGAACUUCAUGCUUAACGUUUUUCCAAGCAUUGGACAGCGAAGAGACAGAGUUUAGAUAUGUUGAAGAAAGAUUCCCAUUAAAAUUGAGAGAGCCGGUUUCUAGAUUUUUGCAUUUUAACGGAAUUAAGAGAUUAGAUGCUCUAGUGGAGCAAGUUUACGCAAAGUUUAAAAAUGAUUUCUUCCCCGGUGAAGUUGUAUAUCUGCGCAAGAACAAUAAGGAACUAUCAGCAACUCCAUCUCAACCUUCUCCGCAACCUGAUGAUGGGGCUAACAAGGAGAAUGGUGAUUCUACACAUAUUCAAUAUCAAAGACCUUAUAUCAUCAAAGAAAAGGCUCAAUUCAAUGCAUCAAAGGAUCCAAACACGGGAGAAGUUAUCACACCUGCUCAUUCCAAAUACAUGCUUAUAGAAGAAACCCAAGGCAGUAAAUCAUUAAUUGCUGAUCAAUCACAACUAUACAGGGAUCGUACAACAUUUACCAAACACCUUAUUAAAUGCUUUUGUAAGAUUACUUUGAGAAGAGCUUCCACGAAGAUGGGGGCACCUUGGGCAGUCAAGGAAGAAUAUCUGCCGAUGUAUGGUUUAACUAUGGAUUGGCCUCCUGAGAUGUUGAAAUACAAGGACGAGGAACCCGUAGUGAAGCAAGAUGCUUCCAAGGGUAAGCGUAAAAGAGAAGAUGAAGUUGAGUAUUUACAAGGUGAAGAAGAGGAAAAUAAAAGAAUUGAAGAGGAGCAAAGGCUCAAACAUGAAGAAGAAGCAUCAUCUAAAAGGAAAAGGACAGCUGAAGAGGAAAGAGAGGAUUCUUUGGCACAAGAAAAUACUGCUCAAGUGAAUGUCAUUACAAGCAUUGUAGAAGAUCUAGUGUUACCAUAUCAGGGACCUCCGCAUGUUUUUGAAAAUUUAUACCAUUACAAUAACCUUUUGGAAAGUGUACCAGUUAACAGGAACAAUUCAUCUUUCAAGCCAUUCCGCGAGACCCAAAAACUUUUACAGGUGUUCCAGUUUUUAAGUACUUUUGCCCCCAAAAUGUGUCUGUCAUAUUUCAAUUUGGACCAAUUGAUAACAUCUUUAAAAUGCACCGAUCCAAGUGAAUUGAAAGGUGAAAUAGUAUACGUGGAGCUCUUAGAUCAACACGGUGAAUCUUCGUUCGCAGAAAAUGAAAGUGACUGGCAACGAAAUCCAAAAAUACGUGAAUUUAUAAAGCAGAGGGACACGGAAAGAGUUCGUCAUUACAUCGCCAAAGAUGAUCCAGCGUCCGACGAAGUUAUCGACAACGUUAAUCACAACGGUUGUGGGCUUCUAAUUGAAUGCAUAAGUGCUUUACUACGUCUUUUCAUUAAUGAAGAUGGUGAUUGGACAUCUUUGGUGAUGGAAGAAUGGCUAGACAACAAUGAUAUUAACGGUCAAGAAAAUUCUAAAACGGAUAAACAGGGCGAUGGUAGUGGUGAUGGAGACGAUGCAGAAAGCGAGUUUGAUGAUAUUAAUGAUACUUUAGAAAAGUGUCUAAAUUAUCGUAAUGUCGGUUGGGCAGAACGUUUAUCAAAGAGACAGUUUAAUAACCACUAUUGGACUUUAAUACUACUGGGUAUCUUCCAAGAUUGUAUGCAUAUUCCAUUGUACACCGACGUGAUUCGGGUAUUGGUGGAGAAAUUAGUACCUUCAGACAUAUCUGCCACACAAUUGCCCAAACAACUUUGGAGAAAUUUUUGUUUCCAAUUGUCUUUGGAAGAAAAAUUAAACUGCAUUUGGAUUCUAGUAGAUUUACUUUCCAAUUUUUCUGCCGAUAUCAAAACGGCUGUGGAGGAAUCAAUGGACCUUUGCGGUCAAAUACGUAGUGAAAGAUUCAGGUUUGCCAAAGAUCUCAAAGCUGAAACUUCCUAUCUUAACUUGCUAAAUGUGGACCUGCAGGCUUUGGAACAGGCCGGAACCGGGGACGAACCUGCAAUUGAGAGCCACAAGGCAAGGAUCGCAGUUCAAAUGGAAAAACUAGAACGACUUCAAAAGGAUAAAAAUUUCUUGGAUAAAAAAUUGAUGGAAAACGAUUUACAACGAUUGAGAACAUUGGGACUUGACAGGUACGGUAAUAGAUACUAUUGGAUGGAUCUAUGCGGUGUUCCUCUAGGCAAUGUGGAAAAUACCGAAGAUUUAAGUUAUCAUUCAGGAAGGUUAUGGAUACAAGGCCCCGCAGCUGACGCAGCAGAAUUUUUCUUACAAAUAUCGAAUGAUGAAUUGAACCAGUGGAAGAAACUUGCCGAAGAACAUGGUAAAGCAUAUGCCACUAAGGAAGUUUUCCACGUUUAUAAAACACCUGAAGGAUCCUACAGAUAUGUGGAAGGCGGUAACGAAGUUGAAAUAUGUGAUUGUAAUGGUAUCGUAAAUUCCUUGAUCGAAUUGAAUUCUAUUCAAAAGAAGAUCAUCGACGAGACCCCCGAUUGUCUAUUACUCUCAGAGGAUCAAUGGUACUCUGUGGACAGAGUGGAAGACGUGAGGAGGUUAAUUGAUUGGUUCGACAACUGGGGUCGUAGGGAGCAUGAUCUUUUGAAACAGUUUAAGACGAUGGAAGACACUUUGGAUAUCGUUUAUUCCAUACGUGACAAAGUGCUUCACCUAUUUGUCUAUGAUGAAGAAGAGGAGAGAUUAUUUAAAGAGUUGCAAGAAUACGAAUUUACAGAAGAAGAACUAAAUUUUGAUGCACCAGCGAAGGAGGCAAAUAACAAUAUCAAUGGUAAUAACGAUGAUGCUGAAAACAAUGAGAGAAACAACGAGGAACAACAAGAAGAUGAGGAGGAGGAAGGAGAAAAAGAUGAAGGAGAAAGAGAUGAAGAGGAGCUAGAAGAAAUUGCCGAAAAGAUUAUGAAAUUAGACGAUUCCUCAAAGACUAGAAAGAUUCUCAAUUCGAUUCAAGAACUCGAGGAUCGUAGAGAUGAACUAUUAGCAAAGAGACAAGCUGCCACUGCCGCUGAUGGCGAUACGACAAGUUCAGGCGGUGGGAAACUUCAAGCUCGUGCUAAGAAGAAGCGUCUCAAGAGCAUUCGUAACGAUAAGCUCAAUAAGCAGGCAGAAAUCUUAACCGACCUUCUCAAUCACAGACAUUUCGUUGCGAUGGAAGACACCAUAAGCUGGAAGAACCAACUCUCUACCAAGAUCCUGGGUACCGCUUUACGCAAGAAUGCCUCGGGUAAGCAAAAGAUCAAAAUUGUAGAAACAGUAGAUGCUAAAUUAAAAGAAAUCAUGGACCAGACUUCAAGGACAACCGCUGCCACCGCAACCAACUAA